CAAACAGGAAGUCUCUGCCACUCUCUCUGUUACGCAGUUUCAGAGAAACGAAACAAUACUCAAUCUCUUUCACAAAAACGAAACUUAGCACUGUGUCUGUCAGAAAGGCACAGAAAAAAUCUGUCUCUGCCAGAGAAACAAAGCUUAACUUUGUCAGUGUGAGCAGUGAAAUGGCUGAGGCUAAUAUCUCGGUGGAUCAGGACCAGUUCAGCUGUUCAAUCUGUCUGGAUAUACUGAAGGAUCCGGUGACUAUUCCCUGUGGACACAGUUACUGUAUGGGCUGUAUUAAGGGCUGCUGGGAUCAGGAUGAUCAUAUUGGUGCCUACAGCUGUCCCCAGUGCAGACAGACCUUCACCCCAAGGCCUGUUCUGGGCAGAAACACCAUCCUGGCUGAAGUGGUGGAGAAACUGAAGAAGACAGGACUCCAAGCUGCUCCUCCUGCUCACUGUUAUGCUGGACCUGGAGACGUAGAGUGUGAUUUCUGUACUGGGAGAAAGUGCAAAGCCAUCAAGUCCUGUCUGGUGUGUCUGGCAUCUUACUGUGAAAUUCACCUCCAGCCUCACUAUGAAUUUACUGCCUUUAAAAAACACAAACUGGUCAAAGCCACUGGAAACCUGCAGGAGAAGAUCUGCUCUAAUCACGACAAACUGCUGGAGGUUUUCUGUCGUAGCGAUCAGCAGUGUAUCUGUCUGCUGUGUGUGAUGGAUGAACACAGAGGCCAUGAUACAGUCUCAGUGGUAGCAGAAAGGACUGAGAAACAGAAGCAGCUGGGGGUGACACAGAGUAAGUUCCAGCAGAGAAUCCAGGAGAGAGAGAAGGAGCUGCAGGAUCUGAGACAGGCUGUGCAGUCACUCAAGCGCUCUGCACAGACAGCAGUGGAGGACAGUGAGAGGAUCUUUACUGAGCUGAUCCGCUCCAUUGAGAGAAGGCGCUCUGAGGUGAAAGAGCUGAUCAGAGAUGAGGAGAAGGCUGAAGUGAGUCGGGCUGAAGGACUCCUGGAGCGACUGGAGCAGGAGAUUGCUGAGCUGAGGAGGAGAGAGGCUGAGCUGGAGCAGCUUUCACACACAGAGGAUCACAUCCAUUUCCUCCAGAGCUGUCAGUCCCUCUGUGCCCCUCCUGGACCUGGAGACUUACCCAGCAUCACUGUCAGUCCAAACGUCUCUUUUGAGGCUGUGAGGAAAUCUGUCUCUGAACUGAAAGAGCGACUGGAGGAUGUUUUCAAGGCGGAGUUCAAAGUUUGUGGAAGAGGACAGCGUUGGCUAUCUCAGAGAAGUGAUACAGUUUUAAUGCCGAAGGGUGGUCACAAAAUGUAGGUUUGAUUCAGUUUUUAACUAUUCUGCCAAAUUCAUCAAAUGUAAUGUAAAGUGUAUCAUACGUUUAUUUAGGACCUUUUACUGAAUUAUUUUUGAAAGAAUCUUAUCUGUGCAGAAUGUUAUACAGGUGCCUAAGACUUUUGCACUGUACUGUGUAUUAUAAAUGAGACGGGUGAGUGACAUUUCAGUCUGUCUCACAGGUUAUAUAUUAUUAAUGAGAGGGGUGAGUGACAUUUCAGUCUGUCUCACAGGUUAUAUAUUAUUAAUGAGAGGGGUGAGUGACAUUUCAGUCUGUCUCACAGGUUAUAUAUUAUUAAUGAGAGGGGUGUGUGACAUUUCAGUCUGUCUCACAGGUUAUAUAUUAUUAAUGAGAGGGGUGAGUGACAUUUCAGUCUGUCUCACAGGUUAUAUAUUAUUAAUGAGAGGGGUGAGUGACAUUUCAGUCUGUCUCACAGGUUAUAUAUUCCUUUGUCCUGGAACGAGCUUCAGGCCAAGCUCAAACUUGAUUCUCUUAUUUAAUUAAAUGAUUUUAAUUUGAGAGUAUUGCAUGUUCUCAUGUUAAGAUGCUACUGCUUUAAGUUGCAUGGAUAUGUUUAAUUCACUGUUUCCCUGUGUUAUGUUCUGUCAUAUGAUAUGUAUUGUAAUGCAUUUUGUUCUGUAUAUACCUACAUAAUUAUGUAUAUUAUUGUAAUGGAUCCGUGAUUGUGAUUCUGUGAUCUUAUGCUGCUGUUUGACCCUGUCUUGGCUCGGUCUCAUUUGUAAAAGAGGUUUUAAUCUCAAUGUGACUUCCUAGUCACAUAAAGGUUUAUAUAUUACAGUGUGGAGGGACAUUUCAAGUGCUCACAAGCUCCAGAUGAUCCAGAAUAUCACAGAGGUGUUCAGUGUGAAUAGGGAUGAAAUCUAUAAAAGUACCCAGUAUGUUAGGGGCAGUUCUUCUGGCUAGGGCAUAACCCUAAAUGUUUUCAAUGAAAGCUUUGUUUAAUCUUGAGAGAACAAAAUACAGUAUGACCAGUAUGUCUUUGUUUACUAGGAUGCAAGAUACUGCAUAGAGAUGAGAGGAGAGAACACAAGUCAAAUUCCUCAGUAGUUUUAUGAUGAAACCAUCCUGUCUCCUCUCUCUGCUCUGUUUUAGUGUAACAUUUGAGACCCAUUCUGAUACUGUAUUCUGGGCGACAUCAGUUGUCAUUUACUUGCAGAUUGAAACAAGCAUUCAAUUUCUCUAGGAUCUCAGAAAAAGGUUCAUCUUUUUAUCUUGUGAUCU